UUCAGUAUGGCGGAGCUGCUGGCUGAAUGAUUUUUACAGUACCGACGGGUCCUAAAACCCUGCACUGUGGAUGCUUUCGGAGACUGGGAGAAAAACCAGCCAUUUGCGCUCAGGCUUUCUGCAAGUUAAUAAAAGGAAGGAAGUUGGAUAUUGGCCAGGAGGCCAGAGAAGCAGUGAAAGCAGACAAGAGGAAAAGAUUCAAACAAGUAAAAUGGAUGCAGAGCUUUUAAUGGCCUCGCCGUUUGGUUGGAAGGAAUCCUGCCACAACACACACCACUGAGGUCUCCACCUGUGGCUCGGUUUGAUGAAGCCCUGAGCCUCUGUUCCUUCCUCGGCCCGGCACCUCCGACUACCAGCAGCGACUCUGUGGGAAGCACAUGGUGGUCACUACAGCCACCGCGGAGGUGCACUGACACCUUCACAGCUCACCUCUCCUCCCCUGUCAAGUCUGCCUGGCACCAGCAACCACAACAAUGAGCUCUCACAGCCGACAAGGUGGCCUGAGCAGCAAGGAGCAGCCUCUGGAACUCCUCAAACCAGCUGCACUCAACCAUUUCGUGGACGUGAGCACGGCAGCGCUGCCCACGCAGGUGCCCCCCACCACCACAGCCAUCCUCCCCAUGGACCUGCGCGUAGUGGACCACCACCACCACCACCAGCAGCCCCCCUUUGGCCUGGUUCCCCAAACCCACCCCAUACCGCCCACCUCCACAGCUUGUCCCGUGUCCACCGAGCCGGGCCGCGGGCCGGUCAUCAGCCACCGGGAGCAGCAGCUACAGCAGGAGCUGGUGGCGCUCAAGCACAAGCAGCAACUCCAAAGACAGCUGCUGAUCGCAGAGUUCCAGAGGCAGCAUGAGCAGCUGUCGAGACAACAUGAAGCCCAACUGCAGGAGCACAUCAAGCACCAACAGGAUUUACUGGCACUCAAACACCAACAGGAGCUGCUGGAGCAUCAGAGGAAGAUGGAGCAGCAACGUCACGAGCAGCAGCUGGAGAAGCAGCAGCGGGAACACAAACUCCAACAGCUCAAAAACAAGGAGAGGGGACAAGAGAGUGCAGUCGCCAGUACAGAGGUAAAGAUGCGGCUUCAGGAGUUUGUCCUGAACAAGAAGAAAGCCCUGGCUCAGCGGAGUCUAAACCACUGUCUGCCCAGCGACCCACGCUACUGGUAUGGAAAAACUCAGCACAGCUCUUUGGACCAGAGCUCUCCUCCACAAACAGCACUGUCAGCGUACAACCACCCAAUGCUGGGCACAUACGACUCAAAAGACGACUUCCCUCUCCGCAAAACAGCCUCCGAGCCCAACCUGAAGCUUCGUUCCAGGCUAAAGCAGAAGGUGACCGAGCGCCGCAGCAGCCCUCUGCUGCGCAGGAAGGACGGCCCGAUCACUACUGCCAAGAAGCGUUCACUAGACGUGGCUGAGUCUGCAUGCAACAGUGCACCAGGCUCAGGACCCAGCUCCCCCAACAACAGCUCCAGUAACAUCCCCAAUGAGAACGGAGUCACCAUCUCCAGCAGCCCAGGGGAGGCCUCCCUGCUUCAGAGAUUGGCUGCAAGGGAAGGUUCAGUGAGCCAGCUCUCUCUGUACACCUCCCCCUCUCUGCCCAACAUCACCCUGGGACUGCCAGCCACAGGCCCUGCCAACACUGUGGUAUCAGGACACCAAGACGUCGAGAGUCAUCUGCCGGCGUUACAGCAGGGCAUUCCUCUGACCCCUCCCUUCCUGCCCACUGCCCACCUGCCCUCAUACUUGGACAGGGAGGGGGCUGGAGGAGGCACGGCUGGUCACAACCCACUCCUCCAACACAUGGUACUGCUGGAGCAGAGCCAUAAUCCAAUGGUUGGUCUGGGUGCUCUUCCGCUGCCAUCGCCCUCCGUCUCCAAGCUCGCGCGGGGCCACCGUCCCCUGGGCAGAACCCAGUCGGCCCCUCUGCCCCAGCAGCAGUGUGGACAGGCCCAGGCCCUGCAGCAGCUGGUGGUCCAGCAGCAGCACCAGCAGUUCCUGGAGAAACACAAACAACUGUUCCAACAUCAGCAGCAGCACAUCAUCAACAAGAUAAUGUCCAAGCCCAGCGAUCAGGUCUCGGCUGCAGGCUCUGGUGCUUCAGGGCCAGCCAGGCAGCACCAGAGUCACCCAGAGGAGACGGAAGAGGAGCUCAGGGAGCAUCAGGGGCUGUCCUCCUCCUCCUCCUCCUCCUCCACCACCUCCGUGCCAGAGACGGGGCCGCUACGGGGGCUGGUCAUCAAACAGGAGCCCCCAGACCUCCAGGAGCAGGAAGAGAGGGAGCAGAGGGAGAGACAGGCCGAACAGGACUUCUUGUUCAGACAGCAGGCUCUGCUGUUAGAGCAGCAGCGUAUUCACCAGUUGAGGAACUACCAAGCCUCCAUGGAAGCAGCCGGGUUGUCAGUCAGCCUCGCUGGGCACCGCCCCCUGUCCAGGGCUCAGUCGUCUCCAGCCUCCGCCUCCUUCCCCAUGGUGGUGCAGGAGCCGCCCGCCAAGCCUCGAUUUACCACAGGUCUGGUGUAUGACUCUCUGAUGCAGAAGCACCAGUGUAUGUGUGGUAACUCCACCAGUCACCCGGAGCACGCUGGCCGCAUCCAGAGCAUCUGGUCCCGGCUACAGGAGACAGGCCUCAGGGUGCACUGUGAGUGUAUCCGUGGUAGGAAGGCCUCGCUGGAGGAGUUACAAACAGUCCACUCUGAAGCCCACGUCUUGCUGUACGGAACGAACCCACUGCGGCAGAAACUAGACUGCUCAGUGAGUCCCAUGUUUGUGAGGUUACCAUGUGGAGGCAUUGGGGUGGACAGCGACACCAUUUGGAACGAGGUCCAUUCAUCCAGUGCAGCUCGCCUGGCUGUCGGCUCAGUGGUGGAGCUGGUCUUCAAAGUGGCAUCAGGAGAGCUGAAGAACGGUUUUGCUGUCGUUCGACCACCUGGACACCAUGCUGAGGAGAGCACGCCCAUGGGGUUCUGUUACUUCAACUCAGUCGCCAUCGCAGCCAAACUCCUGCAGCAGAGGCUCAACGUCAGUAAAAUCCUCAUUGUGGACUGGGAUGUCCACCAUGGAAAUGGCACCCAGCAGGCCUUCUACGCCGACCCCAGCGUUCUUUACCUGUCGCUGCAUCGCUACGAUGAUGGAAACUUCUUCCCAGGCAGCGGAGCACCUGACGAGGUGGGCAGUGGAGCAGGUGUAGGCUUCAAUGUGAACAUGGCCUUUACUGGAGGACUGGAACCUCCCAUGGGUGAUGCAGAGUAUCUAGCUGCAUUCAGGACCGUGGUUAUGCCCAUUGCCAAUGAGUUUGCCCCAGACGUGGUUCUGGUGUCUUCAGGCUUCGAUGCGGUAGAUGGACAUGCUCCACCCCUGGGAGGAUACAAACUGACAGCCAAAUGCCUUGGCUACCUGACCAGGCAGCUGAUGGGUCUGGCAGGCGGACGGUUGGUGCUUGCCCUGGAGGGGGGUCACGACCUCACAGCCAUAUGCGACGCCUCCGAAGCCUGCGUCUCUGCUCUGCUUGGCAAUGAGUUGGACCCCAUUCCUGACGAGGUGCUGCAGCAGAGACCAAAUGCCAACGCUGUCCACUCUAUGGAGAAAGUUACUGAAACUCACAGUAAGUACUGGCGUUCGCUGCAACGCUCCGCCUCCACACUCGGCUGCUCGUUGAGCGAAGCCCUCCAGCGUGAGGCGGAGGAAGCGGAGACCGUCUCUGCUAUGGCCUCGUUGUCUGUUGCCAACAAGCACAUUGGAAAGAGGUCUGAAGAGGAACCAAUGGAAGAGGAAGGUCCAAUGUAAAGAAACAUCCCCGGCUUUGACCACUCAGACUUUCUCUUUGACAGCGUCCUCAUCCGGUCGAUUUCAAUUUAACUGCCGCUCCUGCGUCUCACCCCCGGUGGCAGCUUCUCAUGGGGGAGAACAGGCAGAGCUGACAGACGGGAAAGGAACACUGAGGAUGAGCGAUGCGUUCACUGACCAGCGGUGCACAGACUGUCUCGUCAAGACCUCAGAUAGAAGAGGACUGACUCAACCACGCCACAGUGACAACCUCGAGUGCCAGUGCUUUUUAAAACACUAUACAGACGUACUUUUUGAAACGCCAGUCGGCUACUUAUCCCAUUAUUCUGUUUAUUCUGUGCUUUAUCGCCAUCGUCUCACCUUCAUCAGAAACCACCAGAGCUAACGUGAUUGUGAUUCUGCACUAAGGACGGAUCAUUCCGAGAGGUCGAAUUUCUUGCUGUUUUCCGAGGUGGUUGGAGAUCGCAGAUGAGAAAUAUCAGCAGGUGUUCUGAUCCCAGUAACAGACUGUGCACUCGUGCCUUUUUUUUUUUUUUUAAACCUGGUGGAUUUCCUGUUGAACUCUACUGAAAGAGUGUUGCCUUAAACAACAGGUUCGGGAACGAACCCUCUUCUCCCCAACCCCUUAAACAUUUCUAUCCUGGUAAGACAUCCUAUGCCUGCAUGUUGUUGGCACAUAGACUGGAGGACCCUGGCAUGCUCACACAUAACUCCCUGCAACCAGCCUACUGUCUCUCCCUGGACCUCCAUCUUUCCUUUCCCCCCCAUCGUUUUCAUUCUCGGCUCAGAAGGUAGUUCCCAGCCACAAGUUGGAGUUGGUUCAGUUUAAAAGGAAAGUUAAAGGUGGUGUUAGUAUCACUCAGUGUAACCGUGUAUCUCACAGACAUCAGUUUUCCUCAAGUGAAGAAUUAAGUAGCAUGCAAUGAACUAGAGCAACAGGACUUGUGAAAACUACGUAGUAGAUAGACGACACUGAAGCCAAAGCAUGAUGGUCUAUCAAACCACACACGAUCACGAGCAUAUAACAGACUUAACAAUAACACUCUCAUAUUUCUAUCAGUCUCACUUUCUGCUGAUUAAUGGGACACAGAAAGGAAUUAAUCUCACAUCACACAUUUGUUGAACCAGCCCUCUCUUUAAGACAACUGUGUCUCCGUGGUAACAAGGACUGUACCACCUGGGAUUUUCCAGAGGGGUGUUCCAGGCUCUCACACACAGCUGCUUCAACAUCGCAUGCCCCCCCUUGUUAAGCACAUCUGCUCCCCAAAUGUCAGGUGCUAUGAGGCAGGUGUGUGUACGUCUGUUCAAGAAAAAAAAAAACAAAAAAACACUGAAGCUCAAGCUGCUCUUUAUAAAUAUUUAAGUGUAUGCACAUAUUUUUCUAGUUGUUUUAUUAUUUUUUUGUCUGCUGGCCAUGCCUCUGCGUAGCUCAUGUAGCUCUGAUUCCCCUCUACGUGAAUCCUCCUCUAGGAUCGGGUGUAUUUAUAGAUUAAAACUGGAUACUGUAUCAAAUCUGCCUUACAAAUCUGAAUCCUUUGGACUCACGAAUGAAUAUCUUAAUAUUUAAGAAGACAGGAGGUAGUUUCAUUUAACUUGGUGCUUUAUUUUACCAACUGAAACUCAACUGGCUCUAGUAGCCAGAUUAUACAGAACACCAGCCACCAGCCUAGCUGUAGUAAAGAUCUACAUGUCUGAUCGUGACCGUACGGGCCACUGCUCACUGUGUGGUCACAGUGUGCUCGAGUUAUAUCUGUAACCAUCCUUCCAACUUGUGUUUGGCCUCUGGGCAACUACCUUCUGUCUCUGCUUCGUCUAUAAAAAGCUAAUCACAUGUUUAAUGUAUUUUUUCAGUGAACAGAAACAGAGUGCUGUGGUGUUUACUGUUGUUUACUGUACAUAGGACGUUGAUCUGAGUAUUCCUGCCACACACAUUUGUCAAUGACUACUUUUGUUGACUCUUCUCCACCUGUGUCUUUUCCCUGCUUUCGUCAGUGGACUUUAGUGACUUGUUUUUGUACUUUUUAAAUGUGUUCUCCCAUUGUUUUGUACACGUCACUCUCUCCCCUGUUUUCCUGUUACAUUGUAAAGCUGACAUACUUCACAACAGGUGAGGGGUCAGACUCAGUUUUUGGUGGACAUUUCUGGGUUUUUGUGGGCGGGCGGGGACGCAAAUGUUUCUACUUUGUAUAAUGAUGGACAAUUGUGUAUUUACUGUCUGUUCAUAGUAGAUUUAUAUAUAAAAGAAAUGAGUAUAUUAUAUAUAUCUAUACAUAAUGAAAUACUAUGAUCUCAUGGGUCUUACAUACAGUCGGCUCUUUUUAGGGUGUCACUGAAGGCACCAUUUGCUGUACUUGGUUACAGUUUGUUACGUGUUGAGUAGCAUUUUACUGGUUGUCUUUUUGUCUUUCAACACUGAUGACUAGUUUUUGGCUUUAUUCAUCCCAUUGGUACUAUAACACUGUCACAGUAGGUGUGCAGCUGCCGUUCCAUAUGUUUUUGAUUUCUAAAACACAACUUUUGGCUGGCACUUUUUAAGUUUGAGUAUCUUAGGAAAUGUAUGACUGAAAUUCGAGGCUUGGAUUCUCAACACUGACCAAAAUGGCGAUCUGUUUCUUCACAUUUGCUCCCUUUCCUCACAGCUUUACAAUUUCAUCCUCUAGCAUCUUCAAAAGGUCAAACAAAAUGGGAAGGGUGGAUUUGAAUUGGAACGUGGCCGUGCACUUCCCCCACAUUAAAUCACUACGAUGGGCCUUGGAAAUGAUUCCACAUGAUCAUUGCUUACUUCUUAUCAGGCCCAAUGUCCUUAGCUUUAUUUUAAAUUUACAUUCCUUUGACUUCAUCAAGCUCACAUGUGUAAUCCCAUUCAUCAGCUAAGUGGUUCCUGGGCGGCCUGGUGUUCAGACUGUUCUGUGUCCAACAGAUCACAGGUGCUUGAUCCCUCACGUCUUUCCUCUCUCACGGGACACCGAAAUUCCUUUCCUUGCUUCUCCUGCUCCAGGGCCAAAUGUUUCAACAAUAUCUGUCUGAUUACGCUGUCGUAGGCUGACUGAUUUUCAAUUUCAGAUCUUCUAAUCUUAAUCAGACUCGCAGGGAAGUUCAGAGUUUCUCAUGUUGAGCGAAUGAUGGCAGAGCGGCGCUGUCUCUUCCUGCAGAUGCACCUUUGAUGUUGCAUGUUUCUAAAUCACCUCUGUGGCGUCCUCUCCCAUGGCUCCUGCAGAUGGCGAAAGAGGUCAAAGGUCAUUUUAAGCAUCUUCCAACUCUCAAGAACAAAGGAAAUGUGUUUUACCCAACAUCACAGUAUCAUAAUACUUCACCCACACAGGGAUAUUUAUAUUUGGGAUAUGUGGACAUAUCCGUGCAUGUCAAUACAGUCGAUCAGAUGUUUUUCGGUAACCGAGCCCAGAACAUUCCCAGAACCUCAGCACAGCAGUGCCAGUCAUGGGUUUUCUACCGUUGAAUGCUUUGGUUUCUCGAAAGGAGCCAAAACUAGCACGGUCUGGCUACUCUGGCCGUCUGUCUUCACUGUUAGUCUUAACACAAUGUCCAGUAACAAAAAGAAAAGCAGCAACAUUCCAUUUUGUUAUAAUUUCCAUUCAUUAGGAGGGGGCAAAUCUCUUUGUUUUAACCCUCGAGGUUCAGUCCAGCCCAGCCUGGUCCAAGAACCGUCUGUUUAUUUAGGUGGCCUGGUCCGACUCCACUCCAUUCCUCUUUUCUCUCUCUGCAUGGUCCACAUGUCUGCAUGCACUGCCUACCUGUCUUAUCUCUCCACAUAUCAGCACCGGGGAUCGAGCACUGAAGGACAUUAGUACUUUCACUGUAUCCAAACUGUCUUUAUCUCUUACUGCUCUUGUGUUUCUGCUGGGGAGGAGUCUGGGUGCUCUCCAUGUUGUGCUUUUACUCGUAGCAUAUGGAAUCUUUGAACCUGAAACUGACUUCAGCUGAAUAUUUUACAACAAAAAAAGGAAAAAAAUGUAUCUAGCACUUGUAACACAGACAAUAGAUUUUAUUGUAUUUAUGUAGAAAAACAGAUUGUUUUAGGGGGACGCUUUGUAAACUGCGACAACAGAAUGGACUUUUUUUUUUUUUUUUGGUUUGUUUGUUUGUUUUACACCAGGCCAGAUGUGACUGUGGUGGACUUUUGGGAAGACUUGUUCUUUGUCACAUCUGGACUUAUAAAGGGCUCCAUCCAGUUGCCUGGUCAUUGUUAAAGUCGUCCAUUCCAGUAAAUAAGCCAGUUAUCACUAUGACCACUGUGGUUCAAAAACAAACAGUUCUAGGUUUACAUAUGUAUAAAAUGCGUAUUCUUUUUUUUUUUUAUCAGUUAUGUUUUUGACUCGUUCCACCAUUGUUACAGAAAUAGUACAUUUUUCUCGGGAACCUUUGCUCUAACAUGUUGUCUUUGACAUCUACAAUAUAAAGUAUUGUUUUGGAAAAAC